AUGGCAGCUACCGUAAAGUCGAACUUGUUCCACUCAGGGCAAUCACAGAAUCUGGGGGAUAUACUUGCGAAGUCUUUCAGAUACUCAGUCUUCCCUGAUGGAACCAGCAAUCGAUUCAUACCCAAUGGUCAUGUCGAGGAUUUCGUCACAAGUGAUGCCGUCAUGAGAGAGUUCUUCGACAGGAACUUGCCAGAUUGGUCGCCCUCCAGCAAGAAACAAGUUGACGAGCUCGUCCAAUAUGUGAUUUCCUCAGCUAAGAAGCUCUUAGCUAUCAGCAUAUUGAGCGGUGUAAGAUCAAACAAUCUUCGGAGAGCAAUGGAAGAAUUCAAGCAACACGACUUUGAAGACAACGAUUUGCCGCUUCUUAUCGAAAAUGUGGACCAAUACCCUCCUUGCUUCGGAGAAUGGGAAUUCUUGAGCAAGGAAAACUUCCGCAACGAGCAGUGGAGGCUUGUGGUUCCAGUGUUUCCAAGAGCCUUUGAGAGAAUACAUUUGAGACCUGAACACAUCCUACCAUUCACAUACGUGGACUCGGUGAGGAAGGAAGGCACAUUUGGGGAUGUCUACCAAGUCACCAUCCACGAAUCACAUCAAGAAGACCCGAUGAGAAAGGCUGAUGGAAGUUUAGCGAAUGCUGCCAUAAAAGAAUUAAAGGCAUGGGCAGCCAGCGGGAAUCUUAGUGACGGAAAGGGGAAAGCCCAGCAAGUGUUCAAGGAGUGGCAGGCUGAGGCCAAGGCGCUUGAGGAUACAAGUCGUCUGAAGCAUGAACACAUCGUCACCGUCAAAAGUAUCUUCACAAAAGGUUCGCGUCACUACUUCAUGUUCCAGUGGGCAGAUGGAGGAAGCCUGCGAGACUUGUACAGGAAAGACCUGCGGCCAUAUUUAACGGCAGAACUUGUAGAAGAGAUGGUCCAACAACUACUAGGCUUGUCUGACGCUUUGUCGGCUCUUCAUAACUACCGAAAGGUCGAAUCGCCAGACCAACCUGGCCAAACCAGUCUUCUUGAGGUCCCGAGGCCGGCUCAGAAUGACGAAUCCUAUCGACAUGGCGAUUUGAAACCAGAAAACAUUCUACGAUUCGAGGACAAUACAAAAGUCGGGGUGUGGAAGAUCGCUGAUAUGGGACUAGCCAGGCAUCAUCUUGCAGCAACAGACUUGCGAGGACCGACUGAUACUCUCAACGCAACACCAUCCUAUGAAGCUCCUGAGGUCUACACCAUGCCCGACCAAGGGCGUUCUCGUCAAUACGAUGUCUGGUCUAUGGGAUGCAUUAUCUUGGAGCCUCUAGUCUGGAUGCUGUAUGGACCAGAUGCCAUGAUCAAGUUCAUCAAAAGCAUGGAUGGCGAUACGGGGCAGAGAUUCCCCUACUGGGAGUUUGUUCCAGGGACGAAAAACAAGGAAGCACGCCUGCGAGAGGUUGUUCUGAAGUGCAUGGCUCAUAUUCGGAACGACCCUGAGUGUCAGCGCUCAACAGCCACCAGAGACCUCUUGAAGAUCGUACAAGAGAAACUUCUCGUCGUGAAUUUGCCUGUCAAUAGGCCCUCUGGCUUUGGGUCCGCGGUCUCAGCUUCUGCGCUGAUGUCCGGGCCAAAGCGAGCUAAAGCAGAAACUUUUCGCGGUGCUCUGGAUGCGAUCUGCGAUGAAGUUGCAAACCGUAGGUAUUCGAGAAUGGGUCCACAUGAUGAAGCAACACCACUGAAGCUGACGGCUGCUUCACUUCACAACACUUGGGAGUUUCCCAUCGACAAUUCCUUUGUACAAGGCCUAUUCGACGAUCCAAAAAUAUGGGCUGAGACCGUCGUUCGACCGUGUGUGCCCGCCAAUUUAUGUGGAAGCUGCAUGAAAAUGGAUCUCUGGCAGGAAGACUUCAAUAUGCAAGAUGAUACAAGAGAAUUAGAGGUUCUUUCGGGGAUUUGUGACUUCUGUGAUAUGCGGUGGAGCUACUGCAAAGCAAUAGAUCGAAGUUAUGGCACCAAGGUUCACUUCGACAAAAGACAGUCUCACUUGAGACUUAGCGAAGGGUAUCCACCGGUGUUGACACUUCAUUACGGUCCCACCCUAACCGGAGAAGUCGACAAUUCCGGAGGCGAAAUUCAACGAGGCCUUCCCCAACUUCCACAGCCCGGGGGAACCGCCCAUAUCAAGAUACUCCGGCACUGGCUGACGGACUGUGACUUAAACCACAAGACAUGUGCAAAUGCAAUUACCAGAUCUCUUCCAACAAGACUGAUAUAUGUGGGGAACCGGAACAACCCCAGUCUCAGACUACACGAGACACAGUCCACAGAUAGUAUGAGUUAUUUCGCCCUAUCACAUCCAUGGGGGGAGCCUCCACAUUUCUGUACCCUUCGCUCCAACAUCGCAAGACAUGCACUGGGUAUGGCUUUCAAAACUCUGCCCCUGACCUUUCAGCACGCCGUCGCAAUUACCAGAGACCUAGGCGUGGAAUACCUGUGGAUUGAUUCUAUGUGCAUAAUACAAGGCGAAGACGGCGACUUCAAGUAUGAGGCUUCACGGAUGGAGGAUGUUUUCAGUAACGCAUACUGUGUCUUGGCUGCGAGCUCGGCUUUGGGUCAACAUGACGGCUUCCUCAAGGAACGUCAUCAAAGACGGAGCCUCCUGCUCCAGCAGAGUGGGAAUCCUCCUGUCUUUGUAUGUGAAUUCAUCGAUGACUUUCAUCAUGACGUUCUGGAGAGCAAUCUCAGUCGUCGUGGUUGGGUGUUGCAAGAAAGAGCAUUAGCACGAAGGACAAUAUAUUUCACCGACAAGCAGACAUACUGGGAAUGCGGUGAAGGUGUACGCUCUGAAACGAUGACACGAAUGCACAACACGCUUGCGUCUUUUCUAGGCGAUCCAAAUUUUCCAAAGAUCGCUAUCGAGUCUUCUCGCGGCGGCAAGAUUCUAUUGCAUCAGAGUUUAUGCAUGCAGUACUCUCGCCUUGCUCUCACCCGGCAAACAGACCGCCCCAUUGCAAUAUCUGGGCUUGAGAAACGACUCGUCGAGAGCUUCGGCCUCACCGGCGGCUUCGGAGCUCUGCACGAUGAGAAGAAUCUCGGCCUUCUUCGGCGCAGCAUGCUUUGGCAUCGGGCUUCUGAUUGCUCCACGAUGAAGAGAAUCAGUUUCCACGGAGGCGCACCACCGACGUGGUCAUGGAUGGCUUAUGAGGGACAGAUUGAAUACCUGGAUCUACCGUUCCGCAAGAUGGACUGGGCUAGCUUCGAACGCGAUUUUCAGCCGCCGUGGACGGUCAGGAAGGCUGGCAGAUGGUACAGCAGCAGUGAUACUCCGGAUAGCAUGGCGAUGACUGUCAUUGUCAGAGACCUGGAGCUCUCCUCUUCCUUGACGGUCCAGGCGGCUCAAAUCAUCCUAGAUAUAACUAAUGGGAUAGGCGUACGGAGGCCAUCGAAAUGCGUGGUGCUCGGAAGGCUCGUCGAAACCUCGGCUUAUCGUCAAGAUGACAGUGGGACAAGUUUCGCCAUAUUGCUAAUAUCCGAAGAGACAGCACCGCAGCAGAUCUCAGGAAUCCCAGUCUAUAUCAGGAUGGGAGUUGCGUCUGUGCCAGGCAGCUGGAUCAAAACAGCAAAAGAUGGAUCGAAAGGAUUGCUGAUGUAG